AAGGUGAAGGUGAAGUACCUCGGCGGGAGUGGUUUUGAGCCGUGCCCCGAGGGCGGCGAAAUCCAAGUGACGGCGUCGGAGCACUUCAAGGACGGCGGCAAGAUCAAGUGCCCCCGGUACGAGGAGGUGUGCACCGUCGCCGCCAACGGCAGCGGGUUUAUCUUCAAAUGGGGGGAGGUGGACCUCCAGCGUGCGAGCGCGGGCUCUCCGCACACUUCGUCUAACGGUGGCCUGCCCCGUGGGCGCGAAAUGCUUACGCUUACAUCACGGGCAGUGCGGCGGCCGCCGUUGGCUUCAGUUCCUUUGCGUUUCUUCUUGUGGCCACCGUCGCCGUGGCAGUGCUGCGGCUUUGAGCGGCUGUCGUGA